CGCAUCUCGUUUUUCUUCUCUUUCAGACUGUUAAUCUCAAUCUUCGAAUCAUAGUAUACAAGAUGACGAUUUACUACACUUUAACAUUUGCUAUUCUCUGUAUUGAGAUGUUUUUAUUUUGUCUGCUUGUUGUACCCCUUCCUGCUCGUUGGCGUAGAGCAAUCCUCAAGUUCAGUGCAUCUUCUCCAUUGGUUGCCAAGGCUUUAUACUUUUUGAAGAUAAUCUUUGCAUUCAUUUUCGUUUUAUUCAUAGAUGCCUUUAACCGUUUGCAACAUAUCAGCGAACGUCGUAAUGACGAACAUAAUCAACCUUCAUACCAUGAUUAUAACGCUGAAGCUGCUCAAAAGGCCAACAGAUUCUAUGCUCAAAGAAACCUUUAUCUGUGUGGUUUCACUCUCUUCUUAUCACUCAUUCUUGAACGUACAACUACCGUUUUGAAUCAAAUGAUCCAGCAUGAGGAUGAGCUCAAUGAACAUAAGACGAGAAGCGCUUCAAAAGAAGCCGACGAGAAGCGCUUACUCGAAAUUCAAACUGGCUACGAAAACGAAAUUGAAAAGCUUGAAAAGGAAUUAAAGGAACUCCAAAGUCAGAAUAAGGAUAUGAACGCCUUGAAGAUGCAAGCUCAACAACAAUCAGAAGAAUACUCAAAACUUGCUGCUCAGAAAUCUAAACUUGCCAGUGUAGAUCAGUUACAUGCCAUUUAAGAGAAGCAGUUUAUUGUAUGGUUUAAUAUACAGAUGACAGAUG